AUGGUCGUCCCCCAGGCUCUCCGCGUCCUCCGCCUCCAGCCCGGCCGCAAGUACUGCACUGUCGGCCGUCUCAGCCACGAGGUUGGCUGGAAGUACCAGGAUGUCGUUGCCAGGCUCGAGGACCGACGAAAGGCCAAGGCGGCGGCCUACUACGAGCGCAAGAAGCUCGCCCAAAAACAGCUCACCGAGGCGAAGAAGGGUGCCAAGGUGGAUGCCAAGACGGUGAAGGCUCUCGAGGCUUUCGGCCACUAA